GGCUCCAUCAUAUAAGUCCCGCUCAGUUGUCCACUCCCUCUUCCUUCCCGCUCAUCUUUUCUGAUUUCAUUCCAGAUGCCACCUUACGACUCCUCGAAGAUAGCGCAUUUCAUUGGAGGAAAUUCGCUGGACAAGGCUCCAGCUGGUCGUAUUAAAGACUUUGUCCAAGCCCACGGCGGCCAUACUGUUAUCACAAAGGUUCUCAUUGCGAACAAUGGUAUCGCUGCAGUUAAGGAGAUCCGCUCUAUCCGCCAAUGGAGUUACGAAACCUUCGGCACUGAGAGAGCCGUUGAAUUCACCGUCAUGGCCACUCCUGAAGAUCUGAAGGUCAAUGCAGAGUACAUUCGAAUGGCAGACCAGUACAUUGAGGUACCCGGUGGCACGAACAACAAUAACUAUGCCAACGUGGACCUUAUCGUCGAUGUCGCCGAGCGUGCAGGCGUGCAUGCUGUCUGGGCUGGAUGGGGCCAUGCGUCCGAGAACCCAAGACUGCCAGAGAGUCUUGCUGCGUCUAAGAAUCGGAUUGUCUUCAUCGGUCCACCUGGUAGUGCCAUGCGAAGCCUGGGAGACAAGAUCUCGAGUACGAUCGUCGCACAGAGUGCUGAUGUCCCGACGAUGGCCUGGUCUGGCACGGGCAUAACUCAAACGGCACUCUCAGAGCAAGGCUUUGUCACUGUGCCCGACGAUGUCUACAAGUCAGCAUGUGUGACAACGGUGGAAGAGGGUUUGAUCCGGGCUGAACAAAUCGGGUGGCCUGUUAUGAUAAAAGCCAGUGAAGGAGGUGGAGGGAAGGGUAUCCGAAAGGUCGAACAUCCUGACACUUUCAAAAACGCGUUCCAUGCAGUCGCUGGAGAAAUCCCCGGUUCGCCAAUUUUCAUUAUGAAGCUCGCCGGACAAGCUCGUCACUUGGAAGUUCAGAUUUUAGCUGAUCAAUAUGGAAAUGCCAUCUCCUUGUUUGGACGCGACUGUUCCGUCCAGCGUCGUCAUCAGAAGAUCAUUGAGGAGGCCCCCGUCACUAUCGCCAAGGAAGACACUUUUGAGCAAAUGGAACGUGCAGCAGUUCGGCUUUCCAAGUUGGUUGGCUAUGUCAGUGCCGGUACUGUUGAAUACUUGUACAGUCCCUCGGAGGACUUGUUCUAUUUCCUGGAGCUUAACCCUCGUUUGCAAGUCGAGCACCCUACAACCGAGAUGGUCACUGGCGUCAACCUCCCAGCUGCGCAGCUCCAGAUUGCCAUGGGUCUCCCUCUGCACCGCAUUCGGGAUAUCAGGCAGUUGUUCGGCGUUGGUCCGAAUGCUUCAUCCGAGAUUGACUUUGACAUGAUAAAGCCGGAAUCGAAUCAGCUGCAGCGUAAACCGCAGCCAAAAGGCCAUGUCGUCGCCGUCCGUAUCACUGCCGAAAACCCAGAUGCCGGAUUUAAGCCCUCAUCAGGAUCGUUGCAAGAGCUUAAUUUCCGCUCGAGUAAAAAUGUUUGGGGUUACUUCUCCGUCGCUUCCGCUGGUGGACUUCACGAAUUCGCUGAUUCACAAUUCGGUCAUAUCUUCGCGUAUGGUGAAGAUCGCAGUGAAAGUCGCAAGAACAUGAUUGUUGCACUCAAGGAACUCAGUAUUCGCGGUGACUUUAGGACGACUGUUGAGUACCUCAUCAAGCUUCUUGAGUUGGAGGCAUUUAAAGAGAACACCUUCACCACGGGUUGGCUCGACUCGCUCAUCAGCAGCAAGCUGACUGCCGAGCGCCCUGACGCAAUUCUCGCCGUUGUUUGUGGUGCCGUCACUAAGGCUCAUCUCGCUGCUGAAGCAUGCCUCAGCGAGUAUAAACGGAUCCUGGACAAGGGUCAAGUUCCCGUGCGCGACUUGCUAAAGACUGUUUUUAGCGUGGACUUCAUCUACGAGAACACCCGCUAUACCUUUACAUGUGCACGGUCAUCGAGGAAUAUGUGGACGCUUUUCUUAAAUGGUGGCCGAACGAUGGUGGGCGGGCGCCCUCUCGCGGAUGGCGGUUUGCUUGUCGUUCUCGACGGUCGUAGCCAUUCCGUAUAUUGGAGAGAGGAAGUCGGCGCACUGCGUCUGAUGGUCGACUCUAAAACGUGUCUCAUCGAGCAGGAGAACGAUCCUACCCAACUCCGGAGUCCCAGCCCUGGAAAGUUGAUCCGCUUCUUGGUUGACAGUGGCGACCACAUCAAAGCCGGGGAACAAUAUGCUGAAAUUGAGGUCAUGAAAAUGUACAUGCCCCUCGUCGCCGCCGAGGAUGGUGUCGUGCAGUUUGUCAAGCAGCCUGGCGUCAGUCUCGAGCCUGGUGACAUUCUUGGUAUCUUGACGCUCGAUGAUCCUGCUCGCGUUAAACAUGCCAAGCCAUUCGAUGGCCUCCUCCCGCCGAUGGGUUACCCUGGUAUCGUAGGCAACAAACCCCAUCAACGGUAUUUGCGCUGCAUGGGUACCCUCAACGAUAUCCUUGAAGGUUACGAUAAUCAGGCCAUCAUGGCGUCGACAUUCAAGGAACUGAUCGAAGUGCUCCAUGACCCCGAAUUGCCCUACUCCGAGGUUACUGCCAUCCUAUCUGCGCUUGCUGGUCGUAUGCCCUCGAGACUUGAAGAUGGCAUUCGCGCAGCCAUUGAUACUGCCAAGUCCAAGAGUGAUGCGCAAGAGUUCCCAGCCGUUCGCAUCAAGAAAGUUCUGGAGCACUACAUUCAAGACUCGAUCCUCCCUCAGGACCGAGCCAUGUUCCGCACGCAGCUGAGUGCACUAUACGACGUUCUCGAGCGUUUCAUGGGUGGACUCAAGGGCCAUGAGGUGUACACUCUUGCUAAUCUACUCUCCGCCUAUGAAUCCACGGAAAAGCUCUUUGGCGGAAGUAUAGAGGCUCGUGUUUUGAAUCUUCGGGAACAGUACAAGGACGAUCUUGAUAAAGUUGUCGCGCUCCAGAGUAAAUCCAAGCUUGUUCUCUCCAUCCUGGAUUACGUGAAGUCAAGCGGUCUGCCCGUGUCGAAUCCCGAAAGUCGGCUCUACCAAGUUCUGAGCAGUCUCGCUGCGCUCGAGUCUAAAUCGUCGACGAGUGUUUCGUUGAAGGCUCGUGAGGUAUUGAUCCUCGGGCAAAUGCCAUCGUAUGAGGAGCGUCUCGUGCAGAUGGAGGCCAUCUUGAAAGCCUCUGUGACUUCCAGCGUUUACGGUGAACAGGGGGCCGCAAGCGGAGCUCCUUCCGCCGAGGUAUUACGCGAGCUUAGCGAUUCUCGUUACACAGUCUAUGAUGUGCUUCCUUCGUUCUUCGCGCACCCAGAUCCCCAUGUCACCAUGGCCGCCCUCGAAGUUUACGUCCGCCGUGCCUACCGAGCAUACUCACUGCUGUCCAUAGACUAUGAAGAGGGUGAUGGCGAAGAUGACGGAGAUGUUCCUACGGCGGUGACUUGGCAAUUCAAUUUAGGUCGUUCUCACUCCCCUCCGGCGACGCCCCGAGUGAAUGCACCUGACCCGAGGCGCCAAGGAUCAGUUAGCGAUUUGACUUACCUGAUCAGUCGCAACCACUCACAACCCGUCCGUAUGGGUGUCAUCGCUUCAUUCUCAAAUUCAGCGGCGCUUUCACGUGGUUUUGAGAAAGUGGCAGCUCUUCUUCCCAUUUUCGACGUCGGCGAGUUCCAAAGUCGUUAUGGUAGCGUGGAGCCCCCGAACGUCGUGAACCUUGCCCUGCGCAUCUUCGAGAAGGCGGAUGACAUGCCAGAGGAAGCAUGGGCCGAGAAGUUAACCGAAUUCGUCAACGAGCGCAACCCCACUCUGGUCAAACGAGGUGUUCGUCGUAUCAGCAUUCUCAUCUGCCGACGCGGCCAGUACCCCAUGUACUUCACGUUCCGGAGCUCCAACCACAUCUGGUUGGAAGAGCAAGCUAUCCGUAACAUAGAGCCUGCCCUGGCGUUCCAGCUUGAACUCAGUCGCCUUUCCAACUACAAGCUCACCCCCGUCUUUGUCGAAACAAAGCAGAUUCAUAUUUACCAUGCCGUGGCUCGCGAAAACCAGUUAGACAGCCGGUUCUUUAUCCGUGCUCUUGUUCGUCCUGGCCGUCUCCGUGGAUCGAUGAGCAUGGCGGAGUACCUCAUCUCAGAGACUGACCGCCUUGUAACCAGUAUCCUGGAUGCACUCGAGGUUGUUAACGCCCAAUACCGGAACGCGGAUUGCAACCACAUUUUCAUGAACUUUGUAUACAACCUGGCAGUCUCCUAUGAGGACGUUUUGGCGGCUAUCUCGGGCUUCAUCGAGCGUCACGGUAAGCGACUCUGGCGUCUCCAUGUCACUGGAUCAGAAAUUCGCAUUGCGCUUGAGGAUAGCGAGGGCAACGUCACUCCCAUCCGGUGUAUUAUCGAGAACGUCUCCGGCUUCGUGGUCAACUUCAAUGCGUACCAGGAAAUUACUACUGAUAAGGGCACCACAAUUCUCAAAUCAAUUGGGGAGAAGGGUCCUCUUCACCUUCAGCCUGUCAGCCAUGCGUACCCGACAAAGGAGUCGUUGCAGCCCAAGCGCUACCAGGCACACCUUGUGGGCACCACAUACGUCUACGAUUUCCCUGAAUUAUUCUCUAAAGCGCUUCAAAACAUCUGGAUCAAGGCGCGCAGCCAGGAUUCGUCUCUUAACCUCCCCAAGAAAUUCCUAGAGGCGAAGGAGCUUGUCUUGGACGAACACGACGAGCUCACAGAAGUUGAUCGUGCUCCUGGAAACAAUACAUUCGGUAUGAUCGCGUGGCCUGUCGUCAUCGCAAAUGACAUUACAUACAAGAUUGGCUCGUUUGGUCCAGUAGAAGAUCAAUUCUUCUACCUCGCAACGAAAUAUGCAAGGGCUCAUGGUCUCCCUCGAAUUUACCUCUCUGCCAACUCCGGUGCGCGCAUAGGGUUGGCCGAAGAAGUUAUGAACCUCUUCUCUUGCGCCUGGUAUGAAGAAGACCAGCCAGAGAAAGGGUUCGAAUAUCUCUACCUGACUCGCGAAAACUUCCUCAAAGUGCAGGAGAAGGCUGCCUCUGCCAUCCGCACAGAAGAGGUAGAGGUUAAUGGAGAGCUCCGCUACAAGAUCACGGAUAUUAUCGGUCUCCAGGACGGCCUCGGUGUGGAGUCCUUGAAGGGAUCUGGUCUUAUUGCUGGGGAGACGUCGCGCGCAUAUGACGAUAUUUUCACUAUCACGCUGGUAACUGCACGUUCUGUCGGUAUCGGUGCUUACUUGGUUCGCCUCGGUGAACGUGCGGUCCAAGUCGAGGGUCAACCAAUCAUUCUGACUGGUGCCCCUGCACUAAACAAAGUCCUGGGCCGGGAAGUCUAUGCGUCGAACUUGCAGCUCGGUGGCACUCAAAUCAUGUACAAGAACGGAGUUUCCCACUUGACCGCUAGCAGCGACCUAGAAGGUGUAACACAUAUACUCCAGUGGUUGUCAUAUGUCCCACGGGCGAAGGGUGACUCUCUUCCUGUUCGUGAAACCCCGGACACGUGGGAUCGGGAGAUUGGUUAUGUACCACCGAAAGGUCCUUAUGAUCCUCGUUGGAUGCUCGAGGGUAAAGAAGAUGAACAGACAUCGCAGUAUUUGCCUGGCUUCUUCGACAAAGGCUCUUUCCAGGAAACGCUUGGUGGUUGGGCGCAAACCGUUGUCGUUGGUCGUGCAAGAUUGGGGGGUAUACCCAUGGGGGUAAUUGCUGUCGAGACUCGGACGAUCGAGCGAAUUGUCCCUGCAGAUCCCGCCAACCCUGCAUCCUUCGAACAGCGUGUGAUGGAGGCGGGACAAGUCUGGUAUCCCAAUUCAGCUUACAAGACAGCACAGGCUAUAUUCGACUUCAAUCGGGAAGGGCUCCCUCUCAUCAUCUUUGCCAACUGGCGUGGUUUCUCUGGCGGUCAGCAGGAUAUGUACGACGAAGUCCUGAAGCAGGGUUCCAAGAUUGUUGAUGGUCUAUCGAGCUACAAGCAACCCGUUUUCGUCUACAUCGUCCCGAAUGGCGAAUUACGCGGUGGAGCAUGGGUCGUCCUCGAUCCCUCUAUCAAUUCGCAAAUGAUGGAGAUGUACGCAGAUGUCGAAGCCCGUGCCGGUGUGCUCGAGCCCGAAGGCAUCAUCGAAAUCAAGAUGCGCCGCGAUAAGAUUUUGUCUCUGAUGGAGCGUCUUGACUCGACCUAUGCGUCGCUCAAGGCAGACAGCAAGGAUUCCAGUAAAACUGCAGAAGAGAGAGCUAACGCGUCGCAGGCAUUGGCGGAAAGAGAGACUCUUCUUCAACCAAUCUACAAGCAAAUUGCGUUGUUAUAUGCUGACCUGCACGAUCGGACCGGCCGCAUGGAAGCCAAAGGGUGCGCUAAACCUGCCGUGUGGAAGCAAGCGCGUCGGUUCUUCUACUGGGCUCUUCGGGCACGACUUGCACGUUCUGUGGCAUUGGACACACUCGCUGAGGCCAACCCAGAGGCUAGUCCAGAGCUCCUCACCAAGGUUUUGGACUCCUUCGUGUGUGCUUCUGAUCCCGCAGACAACCGUGCCCUUGCGACAGCUUUGGAGGAACUCGACCUUGCGCCAGCCGUGACCCAGCUCAGGACAGAGUACCUGUUGCAACGUUUCCUUGACGCCGCUCAGCAGGACCGCAAAGCAUCGAUUGAUGGCCUCGUGCGACUCAUGGACUCCUUGUCUGACGAUGAACGCCAACUUGUGCAAUCCACUCUUCAAAACACUCGCUCACCUGGGCCCCCAUCGUAUACAUACGCGAACUAACCUUUGGAAUGAAUGCAGGAUAUUAAUUGAUGACUAUCGUCUCGAACCUCUCUUUCCACGUACUCAUGCACACGAUUUACAUAAGGCUACUACACAGAGUAGAGACACAACAUAUUAGAUCUGUUGUAAUACCAUUUUAUCAUAGCUAUGGAUAUGACUCUUACGAC